AUGGUUUUUUUCAAGAAACCUUUUACUUUCGAAAAUAUUCCAGAUUUAUCUGGCAAGGUCGCAUUAAUAACUGGCGCUAAUACCGGAAUCGGAUUAAUAACUGCCCGUGAAAUUGCCCGAAAAGGAGCACAUGUUUUUGUAUGUAGCCGCAGCAAAGAUAAAGGCGAAGCCGCCGUAUCCUUGAUUAAAGAACAGACGGGUAAUCAGAAUGUAGAGUUUUUGCAAUUGGAUUUACAGAAUUUGAAACAGGUUAAAAAGGCUGCAGAGACUUUUUUGGAGAAAGGGUUGCCGAUACACAUUUUAAUAAACAAUGCGGGCAUUAUGGCAACACCUUACGCCUUGUCUGCUGAUGGUAUUGAAGGCCAAUUUGCGACGAAUCAUGUUGGCCAUUUUCUCUUCACGACAAUGCUUUUACCGAGAAUUGAAGAGUCUGCACCUGCAAGAAUUGUCACUGUCAGCAGUUUCGGACACAACAUUUCUCCAAGUGUCGGCAUCGACUUCGAAAAUAUCAACACAGAAAAGCACGGUAUAUGGCAACGCUACGGGCAAUCGAAACUCGCAAACAUUCUCUUCACCUUGGAACUAGACCGGCGACUCAAAGACAAAGCUGUCUACUGCAACACUCUUCACCCGGGUUAUAUCAAAACAGAGUUGUACGGGAGUGUUACCGAGGGAUGGGCAAGUUUGACGGCGCCAAUUAUCUCCAUAUCAAAUGCUCUCUUUGCGAAAAGUCCCGAAGAUGGGUCAUUGAAUCAAUUAUACGCAGCAACAAGCCCCGAGAUUGAAGAGAAAAAUAUUCGAGGAAAGUAUUUUACGCCGUAUGCGAAAAUCUCGGAGCCGAAUAAAUUGGCGAAAAAUGAAGAAUUGGCAAAAAAGUUGUGGACUUUUACUGAAGAAUUGGUUGCGGAAAAGUUAGCGGCUCCUAAUUAG